GUGGCUUUAUUUUCUUUUAUAAUAAUCCCAUGUAAUAAUCUGAAUAUAAAAAAUAUAUUUUGAUGUUAAUAUUUCUUUAAUGUUUCUUAAUGUUUACAAUUUAUUUAUACUUUGCUUUAAUUUUAAUAAAUAAUUUGGACGCAACUUCACGGAAAAGUGAAAAUGGAUCUGUUGACUAUUCAAGUGACUUCGUACCUCGCGUCGUCAACGGUUGGCCGGCCAAACUGGGUGAUGUUCCCUAUCAGAUAGCAUUCAAGAAACUGAUCAGAAGGCCUCGCACGUACAUCACUUUCUGCGGAGGCACCAUCACUUCUCCAACCAAACUACUUUCAGCAGCUCAUUGCUUUUCCCGCGAGGAGACAAACAUUUGCCUGAAAAUAUUUGGUGGCGCAGUAAGAAAGAGGUCUUUAUCGAAUAUAGCUGCAGUGGCUGGCAACUUGAGAAAUCUUGGUGACUACAGCGAAGUGGAUACCAAUGAGCAAGGCCAGUGGCGGAGAUUGAAGUCAGUUGUCUAUCCAGUUACAUACAAGUUUCCAAAAGAUGACAUAGCCAUUGUGUGGACUCGUGAACCGUUUAUAUUUAAUAGUAACGUCAGCCCCAUACCAAUUGCGCGGAAGUACGUAAACUACAAUGGAAAAUGUCUGGUGUCUGGUUUUGGGCGGAUAUCUCAGAGUAAAAAGAUUUCAUCAGGCAAACUCCUUUUAGGGCAUUUAGACCUCGUCCCUGCAAACAGAUGCAACAGAUUGCAUAAAAAAAACAUGCGGCGUUUUGUAUGCACUUCUAGCGCUAUGAGUGACGUUGGAAAGGGAGAUUCUGGUGGACCUCUUGUAUGCACUAACACGGGCGAUCCCAAUGAAGUGGGAGGAAAAGGAAUACUUGUUGGAGUGGUCAGUGGACACCGAUACCAUGUAGGGUCAUUCUUUACAAGGGUCUCGUCCUACUACUCAUACAUCGAACGGGACAAAUGUUCUACAUACGAACUAGACAUCAGAUUAUUGUGUUUGAUCAUGACAAUACAUAGUAUCUUGUUGCUAUUUUGA